AUGUCCUCCUCCAUCAAGAACGUGGCCCUCAUCGGCGCGGCUGGCGGCCUCGGCCCCACCAUUCUCCGCAAACUCGUUGCGUCCGGGGCCUUUAACAUCACCGCCGUCCGCCGCAAGGGUUCCAAGUCGACAUACCCCGCAGGCACCACCGUCGUCGACGUCGACUUCGAGUCUCCCGACGACCUCAAGGCCGCCCUCACCGGCCAGGACGCCGUCGUCUCGCUCGUCGGCGUCCCCGGCCUGGCCGCCCAGACGCACAUCGUCGACGCCGCCAUCACCACCGGCGUGAAGCGCUUCAUCCCUUCCGAGUUCGGCUCCGACCUCGAGAACCCGCUGGCCCGCAAGCUGCCCGUCUUCGCCCACAAAGUCCAGGUCGCCGACUACCUCGCCGCCAAGGCCCGCGAGACCUCCCUCACCUACACACUCGUCAGCAACGCCGCGUUCCUGGACUGGGGCCUGGAGAGGAACUUCUUGCUCGCCACCGCCGACUACAAGCCCGCGCUGUACGACGGCGGCAAUACCGUCUUCAGCGCCACCACCCUCGAGUCGGUUGGCGACGCCGUGGUCGGCAUUCUCAAGCACCCGGAGGAGACCAAGAACCGCCGCGUCUACGUCGAGGACAUCAAGAUCUCCCAGAACCGCCUACUCGCCCUGGCCAAGGAGGUCACCCCUGGCAAGCAGUGGCUCCCGCACCAGGUCAGCGUCGAUGCCGUUGUCAAGGAGGCGGACGAGAAGCUGGCCAAGGGCGACUACGCGCACGAAAACUUUAUCCCCUACCUCUUCCGCGCGCUGUUCGACCCGGUCUAUGGGCCCAGCUUCGAGAAGACCGACAAUGAGCUAUUGGGGGUAAAGGGCGUGGAUGAGGAGUUUGUCGUCGAGCUCCUGAAGAGGAUUAUCAAGCAGUAG